AAACCGAAGAGGAGAAGAAGCUAAAGCAUUGAAGAAUAUGGUUUCGAAGGAAUACAAGAGAGAUUCCUCUCUGCGUGAGAAUUUUCAGCUGCUUCGCUCAAUCACUAACUCACAUGCUGAGAGCGAAACAUCGAUAAUAGAGGAUGCAUCAAAAUAUAUCAAAAAACUUAAGCAUAAAGUCGAAAAAAUCAACAAUGAGACCACGUCUGAGCAAUAUUUAUGUGAUCCUACCGAUCCUAUGGUUACAGUGGAAACCCUAGAGAAGGGAUUCAUGAUAAACAUUAUGUCUGGUAAGAAUGAGCAAGGCAUGUUGGUUUGUGUUCUUGAAGCCUUUGAAGAUCUUGGACUUGAAGUUGUUGAAGCUAGGGUUUCCUGUACAGACACAUUUAGCUUGCAUGCCAUUGGAAUAUCAAAUAAUGAUGAUGGUCAAAGCAUGGAUGCUGAGGCAGUGAAACAGGCAGUUUCAGAAGCAGUCAGGACCUGGAGUGAUAGCCAUGAUCCAAAAGGGUAAAAACGGAUCAAGUAUUCAUCACUCUCUCUCUCUCUAUAUAUAUAUAUAUUUAUAAUUUGUUUGACCUAAAAAGGGUUCUUAGUUAGACAUAUGAUCAAGGAAAAGUUCAAUUGUAUGUCUCUCUAAUUAAUCAAAUGUCUAAAGUAAGUUUCUUUGGGAUCAAGUUAGUAAUUUCAUCACUAAAUAUUUUUGAUAAUUUGAUCAAAAUAAACAUGCAGAAGGACACUUCUCUUGUAAUAUAAAUAAUUGUAAAAACUGAUCUUUUUUGUUGUCGUCCAUUCGAAUCACUAAUCCAUUUGCUCAUUACUAACAUUUUUUUUUGUAAAAGUGAUUGUUUAAGUUAAAUACCACAACGGACGAAUUAGUGAACGAUGAACGUUGACUGAGAUAAAUAAAUUAAGUAUGAGUAAAUAUGAAUUCAGUUCAUACAGAAAAUCAUAUAUUGAUUACUUAAUUAUCUC